UUCAGUUGAUUGGUGUGAAUCAAAUUAUGCGAUUUCGCCGUAUAUUGCGGAUAUGGCAAUGAUAUUAAUUGGUGAAGUCGGCGCCGGAUUAAAUUCAUGCGAGAGAACUCCAAUGUAUAUCGCUUUUCGUUUGAUCUCUUUGGUGGGGAUUGGAAGCUUCAUGUUUCAUGCUACAUUGACUUAUCACAUGCAAGCUCUUGAUGAGGUACCAAUGUUCUUAUGCGCAAUCACAUUGUUACACCCGCUUCUCGAAAUUAAUUAUGGACGUCAAGGACCAUGGCUCACAACCAUACUUACAAGUAUCGCUAUUACAUUUAGCCUCCUUGCAACAAUCGUAAGAGGCAGUGCGCAAUUUGUCACAUUUCAAAUUUCAUUUGGCCUUCUCGAAUUGUCCAGCAUCUACCUAAUGACCAGAAUUUAUAAUCGCAUGAAAUCAACCCACCCAGCAAUUAAAACACUUUUUAGACGUGGCCUCGGCAGCUAUCUGAUCGCGAUUCUGCUCUGGCUUACAGAUUUACAAUUAUGCAAGUAUUUGGACGGCGGUGAAAAAUCGCUGCUGCCUUUUAACCCACAACUGCAUUCUUUGUGGCAUGCUUUGGCAAGUUUGGGUUUGUAUUUGUUGGUUGUUUUUACUGUUUAUGCCUGGUGGAUUUGGAAAGAGAAAAAUGUUAAAUUGGAGAUGGGUUUAG